AUGGGUAUCGACUUGGAUCGCCACCAUGUGCGCGGCACCCACCGCAAGGCGCCCAAGAGCGAGAACGUUUACUUGCAGGUCUUGGUGAAGCUCUAUCGAUUCCUCGCCCGUCGCACGGAAUCAAACUUCAACAAGGUCGUGCUUCGUCGCCUUUUCAUGUCCCGGAUCAACCGCCCCCCGGUUUCUAUCUCGCGCAUUGUCUCCAACGUUACCGACUCCCACAAGGGCAAGACAAUUGUUGUGAUCGGAACCGUGACCGACGACAACCGCCUUCUCACCGUCCCCAAGCUCUCGAUUGCCGCUCUCCGCUUCACUGCCACUGCUCGCGCCAGGAUUGAGAAGGCCGGUGGUGAGACUCUUACUCUCGAUCAGCUUGCUCUGCGCGCCCCUACUGGAGCCAACACUCUUCUGCUUCGCGGACCCAAGAAUGCCAGAGAGGCUGUCAAACACUUUGGCUUCGGCCCUCACAGCCACAAGAAACCAUAUGUGCGCAGCAAGGGCCGCAAAUUUGAGCGUGCUCGUGGUCGGAGAAGGUCUCGUGGUUUCAAGGUUUAAAAUAGGGGUCAGACUCGUACUUUCCUUGUUAAGUAGAUGCUGCCCAGGUCUGCAGGAGAAUGUAGCACAACCUCAAACACGUGAUCUUGAACCAUGGCUAGCGCCUGAUUACUUCGUCUCCUGCGCCAGGCUAUCUGUUAAUCAUGAAUAAUCAGGUAGAGAAGCUUGGACGCCACGAAAAUGAAAAUGGAUUAAAACGUUCAAUUUUAAUGAUAGAAUUUGUAACAGCAUCUCAC